AUGACUGCCUAUCGUUUAUACAAUAAUCAUCCAUCUCAGCUGUUUCAGUCGUUUACAAACAGUUUCACCAGUUCCAGCAUUCAUUCUUCUUUGACUGUUGAACACAAUCCUACUCUAGAUUCGAUGAUAACGGAUACGUUCUACGUGACACCUGUCAGCGAGCUGGAAAAGCUUGAAGAUUGGAAUAAACCUUUAGCAUUUCAAGCAGCUCAUCAUCACGAAAACUUAAACGUACCCGAUUCGACUGAAGUAGAAUGGCGAUUACGUGAUCGAAUGAAAACAGUUAGUGUAGCUCUUGUGAUGUGUUUACAUAUUGGUGUUGAUCCUCCAGAUGUAGCAAAAAGCAAUCCAUGUUCGAAAUUGGAAUGUUGGAUAGAUCCAUUCUCAAUGACACCCAGACGAGCAUUAGAAAAUAUCGCUUCUGAAUUACAACGUCAGUACGAACGAUGGCAAUCAAAAGCGAGAUAUAAGUCAAGUCUCGAUCCAACACAGGACGAUAUCAAGAAAUUAUGUGUGACCUUACGACGAAAUUCCCGAGACGAACGUAUACUCUUUCAUUAUAAUGGUCACGGAGUUCCUCGUCCUACCUCUAAUGGUGAGAUUUGGGUAUUUAACAAGAACUUUACGCAAUAUAUUCCUUUGUCUUUGUACGAUUUGCAAAAAUGGAUAAGUUCACCAUCGAUUUACGUCUUCGAUUGUUCACAUGCCGGUGUUGUUCUGAAUUUAUUUGUGAAAUUUGCUGAACAAAUUAAUAAUGAACCUGAAGAGGGUCGACGUAACGUAUUACAGACUGCUUUACCUUCGAUUCCUGGCCAUUUAACACCUCAAAUACCUCCAUUACUUACCGCACCCUCACCGUUACACGAUAUCUUACUUGGUGCUUGUAGCGAAAAUGAACUUUUACCGAUGAAUCCUGAGCUACCAGCUGAUCUUUUUACUUCGUGUUUGACCACGCCGAUUAAAAUUGCGUUACGUUGGUACGUCCUACAAAAGGAUAUCAGUCGUUUGAAUCCAAAUAUUGAUCAAGAUAUGAUCGACAAAAUUCCUGGCACAGUCACUGAUCGAAAGUCGAUGCUUGGAGAAUUAAAUUGGAUAUUUACAGCUGUGACAGAUACAAUCGCGUGGAACUCCUUACCAAAAGAAAUAUUUCAACGAUUAUUUCGACAAGAUCUAUUGGUGGCUUCACUUUUUCGAAAUUUUCUCCUUGCCGAACGAAUUAUGCGCUCAUACGGUUGCCACGUUUGUUCCCGACCGGCAUUACCGCCUAUGUUUGAGCAUCGACUAUGGCACGCAUGGGACAUGGCAUUAGAUUUGUGUCUAAAACAAUUACCAUCUGUGUUGAAACAAACAGAAAGUGGUAUACGUGAACCGACAUAUGAACCUAGUUCAUUCUUUGCUGAUCAAUUAACAGCAUUUUCGGUGUGGCUUAGUGAAAAUUCUCUGCUAACAACAACAGUAGAAAGAGAGAAUUUAAAACAACCCGAACAACUACCCAUUGUUUUACAAGUACUUCUCAGUCAAUCCCAUCGACAACGAGCAUUAGAUUUACUAGCACGAUUUCUUGAUAUCGGAACGUGGGCUGUUCAUCUCGCUUUAUCUGUUGGAAUUUUUCCCUACGUUCUUCGUUUAUUACAAGCAACAAGUGAUGAUUUACGACCGUACUUAGUAUUCAUUUGGGCAAAGAUUUUAGCAGUUGAUCGCGCAUGUCAGACUGAUAUUAUUCGUGAGAAAGGCCAUGAAUAUUUUAUUUCCACACUAACUGAUGUUCGGUCUUCGAACGGUGUUCGAGCAUUAGCAGCAUUCAAUUUAACUUGUCUAGUUGAUAACUACACCAAAGGACAAGAAGAAUUAUCCCAAGUUAUGCCUCGUGUUGUCGAUAUCUUGAAUACAUCUACUACACAUUUUCGUGAAACAUCGGCUUUAUUCCUUUGGUCAACAUUAUUCCUUGGCCAAGCAUGGCGUUCGAACGCCAAUGCUUGUGAAAAAGCCGUGCUCAGUCGUGCACCAGAUACUUUACAAACUUUAUUGCUCACACAUGAUUCACCUGAAGUUCGCGCUGCUUGUGCAUACGCUCUUGGUACUUAUUUGUCAUCUUCAACGUCGGGAAAUGAGCUAAGCGAACGUCGAAGUGAACAAUCUAAAGAAGCCGCGAUGAUUCUUAUUCGUAGUCUUCAUGAUGGUUCGCCGCUAGUACGACAAGAAGUUCUCAUAGCUUUACGCCAUUUUCUCAUUUUAUUUACUCAAUCAACAACCAGUGGAACAACAGUGACGAGUAACAUCAAUCGAGCAAACGUUAAUUCUCUAUAUAAAACAGUGUUCGACAAAGUGACGGAAGCCAUUCAGACUGUGGUAGCAUCCGAUCCAUGCCACGAAAUGGUUCAAUUAGCCGAAACGAUCAUAACUGAUUUACAAAAGUCGAUUCAAACGAAAUUCUUUCAAUGGUGCUGUAGUCGUUUUCGAGUAUCAAAUACAAUCACGCGCGAUCUAGGUUCAGGUAUCUCACAACAACGAGGUGCAUUCACCAAUGAAGAUGAUGAAGAUUAUUUUGCACGCAGUGGUCGCUAUUGGCACAAUCACUGCAUACGUGCCAACCCAAGUCGAUUAGCUGACUUUCAACAUAUGCGCGAGACAGUCUUUCCAAAUCGAAUAUCGAAUUCUACACCACUGGUUUUACGUUUACAUCCCUAUGAAGAUUAUUUAACAGUGGCCAAUUCGCAUGGAAAUCUAAAUUUUUACGAAGUCGAUGGGACACCACGCUCACGACCAACAUUAAAGAUUGGCUCUGUUGGUUCGACAAUCAAUACACUAGAUUAUAUCAAUGCUCAUCACCGAACGUUAAUUUGUGUGGGAACGGAUAACAGUGCCAUUCGUAUAUUCGAUGAAUCGACUCAUCGUCUUCUAUCAUCUUGGAUAGCUCUCUACGAUGAACAUAACCAUGCUCAUGCAUCACAUCACCAUCGUUCAACACCAAAUCUUUCUAAUCCAGCAAGUCCUUCCAGUACACCACCAACUAAAUUCGUUCUUGAUUGGAAUCAAGACUUAUGUCGUAUAUACGCAUCGAGUACAGAUAUCAACUAUAUCUCCCUUUGGGAUGUCGAACGUGAACGUUGUCUAUACACAAUGGAUACAAAUAGUUCUAGUGGUAUUUUCUGUCUUAUUUCUGAUUCAAAUGGUUUUUGUGCAGCUGGCAUGGGCGAUGGCACUGUCCAUUGUUUCGAUGCACGUUCUCGCGAAGCUCCUAUACUUAUAAUUCCUCCGUCAACACCACUGAAACCUCAUUCUGCUAUCAUCAGUUUAAAUAUGAACACUAAUGAUCGUUUGUUAUCAAUAAGUAAUCUUGGUCAAUUGAGACGCUGGGAGAUUGAGACAGGAGCUAGUGCUGAGUUACUUGCUCCCCAAACAUCGCAGAAUGUCUUAGCAGCUGAUGUUCAUUCAACAGGCAAUGUUCUAGCAUUAGCAACAACGAACGCUCUUCAAUUCAAAACAUGUUUUGGCGAUCUUCUAUUUGAUAUCAAACAUUCAAAAUUUGCUCAAGUAUCUUCUUUAUCGUUUCACCAAUAUCGACAAUUGUUGGCGGUCGGCUUUAACGAUGGAUCCUUAUCGAUGUUUACUGGAAAGACAAAUUCAGCUAAUGUAUAA